CGUUUGUAGGACAGCUGAAGGCGAACGCAGAAGCAGCCGCUUCGUGGGUGCGUGUGUCCUUAAAGGGACAGGCGCCCUUUGUGGCGGCCUUCGACAUGGCGGUGGCUGGGGAUCUGGAGCCUCCGGGCGUUCGUCGUAGUUGUCACAGAUCGGCAUCUUUCACAGAUGGACUUUCAGCGGCCUCCUUCACAGAGUACCCUCGGCACAAACCUUUCAUUAACGCUGACUUGCGGCGGUCUCCUGGCAAGCCGGUAAUCGCAUAUCCGGAGAGUAACAGCAGAGCGAUAUUCUCUGCUCUGAAGAACCUCCAGGAGAAGAUUCGGCGGCUGGAACUGGAACGGAUUCAAGCCGAGGAGGACGUGAAAAGCCUGACGAAGGAAACCUCAGAUUACAAGAAGGUGUUGAGUGAGCAACUGCUGGAGAAAGAGCAUUCGAAGCUGGAGGUGGCCAGGAAAAAUGAAGAGCUAGCGUCUCAGCUGACUGGUGCUGAAACUCGCUGCAACCUGCUAGAGAAGCAGCUAGAAUACAUGCGGCGAAUGAUAGAACAGGCGGAAUUCGAAAAGACGAGCGUCUUGAGAAAGCAGGCCACGUUGGAAAGCGAGCAUCUCCUCGAUCAGUCACACGUGAAAUCGAAGCUGGAGAGGCUGGAUGUGCUAGAGAAGGAAUACGCCAGGCUGACGGCGAUGCAGUCCCUUGCGGAGAAAAAGAUGAAGGAGCUGGAGGAGAAGCUCCGAGAGGAAGAACAUACGAGGAAGCUGAUGCAGGACAAAGCAGCCGAGUUGCAGACCGGAUUAGAGACCAACAGGAAGCUGCUGCAAGCGAAGACGCAGUUGGCGCCGACGUUGCUGCCCUCGAAACCAAAGAAGAUGAAGAAGAAAGCAAAGCAGUUGGACAAGAGCGAUUCUGCAGUGAUCCACUUCCACCCCCAGCCCCACUACAGGCUGCGACUGGGCGACGUGCCGUUUGUCGCUGGAAAGUCCACCAGCCCCAGCCACUCCGUCGGGGCCAACGUCCAGCACGUCCUGCACCUCAUGAAGCAUCACUCGAAAGCCCUUUGCAACGACCGUGUGGUGAGUGAAGUCCCGUUGGGCAAGCACGCAAGCAGAGGCCGGAGGUCCUCCGAGUCGUCUGUCUCUUCCGCCUCCCAGGGGGACCUUUCCGAGGUGCUGCUGACCUUGCAGGACGAACUCGGGCAGAUGAGCUUUGACCACCAAGAGCUAGCAAAACUCAUCCAGGAUGCGCCAACAGAUGACCUGCGGGAAGACCUGGAGAGGGACCGGAAAGGGCUGGUGAAGAGGAUGGAGGCCAAGGCGGAACAAAUCUCUAAAAUUCAGCGGCAUCGGGCACGGCUGGAGAAACACAGGCGGGAAGGCAAAGCCAAGCACUGUCGCUCUCAGCAGCCAAGCAGCGUCGGCGAAGGGAAAAAGACGCUGGCGAAGGCGAAAAGCGUCGGCUCGAAAGCAAUGCCCGGGGAGAAGGGCAAGAAGAGCCUUCAGCUGCUGAAGGAAAUGCAGAGCAUACAGACCUCCCUUCAGAAAGAUGAGAUCAGUUGGGAGUACUGAGGUGUUUCCUUGUGUGAUUUUUCUCUUCUUUGGGUUCGUUUUGCACUUUUCUCUCUCCCUCUUUUUGGCUCCCGCCCAACUGGCUUCCCUGGAACAAAACAAGGUCAAAGUUGCACUUGGUAAAACGAGAAGCCCUCCGAUUUUCCACCUGUAGGCCCAAUUGCAUCGCAGCCCCUAAUCCUGCUGGGAGGGGGGGGGGAAUGAGAAGACCCUUCUGUUACUUCAGUAUCUCUCCAGCCCUUUUACUUUCCUGUCAACUAUCCCUACUCUUUUUUUUUUUCCUUUUUGGGUUGUUUUUUUUUUGCCACGAGGCCUACUCCUUGGCCUACUUCCCUCUGCCUCAGGCAGUUAAUUUAAAUUGCUUGCUUGGGUCAACUCUCCUCUGAGGCUGGUGGCGGAUGAUGGUUUGCCCCCACGAGAGAACCAAAGAUGGUACGACGGAGGUCCUGUUUCCCGUGUGGGUGGGUGGUUGGGGUAUGCACAUCACUCUUGUCAUCUCUGGGUACGGAGUUUGUGCGGCGCUUCCAAAUCAUGCACAGUGUUUGGGUUUUUUUUGGCCUUGCCGUGUCUUCGAUCGGAAAGUAUGCGUGCUGCACAGGUAACGAAGGUUCUAUUGCAGAUCUUCUACUCUUUUCAGUCUGUCUCUUGCCUCAAGGGUCACUUUGCAUUUCUUUUUAAAAACAUGAGGGGACAUUUCGCAUGCUUCAGCUGUUCACACCUCAGCAUUUCUAGAAAGAGGCGCUAGGCUUGAAGCUUACCAGUUCCACAGGGAAUUAUGCAGGCUGGCCAUCUCUCUUGACCUUCGGUCGCAUCCCAUGGACUUGUUUACCUCUGCCUAAGGAUGCUAAUGCUUUUUGUUGCACAGAGCAAGGAAAUCUUCAGCCUUUUGUCCCCAGUAAUGUGAUUUCAGAAUGGAAUUUGCAUAGCCAUUUGGAAGUUCUCGGCUUUGGGUUUCCUUCCCCUUUUUAGUCUUUGCGGAAGAGCAGGAGGCAGGCGUCUCGUGUUUUUAAAGACACUUCAGAUCAUGCUGUUUUUUGUACCGGCAGCUUGUUUUUAGCAAACUCCCAUGCGCUGGGCGAGAAGCUCUGGUGUUUGUGAUGGUACCGAAAAGAUUUUGUACAUGCUUGCACACAUGGAUAUUAUUUAUUACAUUAAUAACAUAAAGCGUUUCCAAUGAUUGGAAUGUACCAGUGACUCACAAUUGCCUGUGUUCUCUCCAAGGUUUGAUUGGAAUCCAAUA